CAUGCAUUGAAUUGACAUUGACAUGUAAUUACUCUCUAGAAAAUGCAACUCUUAAAAGUUUUUUAAUAAUUAAUUAAUUCUGUCUUUUUACAUAUAAAAAGUAAAUAUAAUGGAUUGUCAGUGGUUGAAAUUAUCGCCUAGCUUAAGUAAGGGCAUCGCUGUUGUUAAUCAGCUGGACACCUCAAAAUUUGAGCAGUUCCUUCGAAGAAUUGUUACUAAGUUGAAAAUUCAAGAUGCUGAGAUUUUCACUGAGGAAGAGCAACAAAAACUGCAAAAAAUAUUUAAUGUAACCGAAGAACAACUUUUGUUAGCUAUUAAAACCCUGCUUUAUGUAUUUAAGAGGCUGUUAAAAUUUGUCUUCAUGCCUAAAAAUUUGAAGAAUGAUUUGGAGUCAUCGGGGUUUUUAAGAGACAAAGCUGAAAUUAUUUUGAAAACAUGGUCUGUUGAAACUAAAACAAUGGUCAAUGAAUUAGAUACUGAAACUCAAAAACAUCUGGAGACUUUAAACUUUUCAUGGAGAGUUAAUGCGGAAUUAAGUUCAGAUUAUCACAAGAAGAGUAAAGUUCCAAAAACUUAUUUGAGCUUAAGUGGUGGUGAAAAUGAGACAGAAAUAGAACUUACACAUCCAGAGCUUUACGCAAUGUUUCUUCAAUUUGAAUCUAUCCAAAAUGAAUUGGAUAAUGUAUGUUAGUAUAGUACCUAUAUUUGUUUGUAAUGUACAUAUCUAAAUUUUUCUUAAAUAAAAUUUAUGCAAGUGGUUUUGCUUUGUCAGAUGG